GGGGCGGGGGGGCCGCGGGGGAUCCUGGUGUCUGAGGGGGCCGGCUGGAGCCGGGCGCGAGGGCUCGCGAGCCUCGGAGCGGGCGCUUUCCGGGAGGCGGGUGCGGCGUCGACCGGCGCCUCACGCCCCGGCUCGCGGCCAUGAACUUGGAGAGGCUGCGGAAGCGCGUCCGGCAGUACCUGGACCAGCAACAGUAUCAGAGUGCUCUGUUUUGGGCAGAUAAAGUAGCUUCCCUCUCUCAUGAGGAGCCCCAGGACGUGUAUUGGCUGGCUCAGUGCCUGUACCUGACCGCACAGUAUCACAGAGCAGCCCAUGCGCUCCGCUCUCGGAAACUGGACAAACUAUAUGAAGCAUGUCGAUACCUUGCAGCUAGAUGCCAUUAUGCUGCAAAAGAGCACCAGCAGGCUCUCGACAUUCUUGAUAUGGAGGAGCCAAUCAACAAAAGAUUAUUUGAAAAAUACUUGAAGGAUGAGAGUGGUUUGAAAGACUCCUCCAGUGACUGGGAGAUGUCACCAUCCUCAAUAAAGAGUUCAAUUUGUCUUUUACGAGGGAAGAUCUAUGAUGCUCUGGAUAACCGAACCUUAGCUACCUACAGCUACAAAGAAGCUUUGAAGCUCGACGUCUACUGUUUUGAGGCAUUUGAUCUUUUAACGUCACACCACAUGUUAACAGCCCAAGAAGAAAAAGAACUUCUUGACUCACUACCUCUUAACAAACUUUGUGCCGAAGAACAGGAAUUGCUACGUUUUCUAUUUGAAAACAAAUUAAAAAAGUAUAAUAAACCUGGUGAAACUGUCAUUCCUGAGUCUGUAGAUGGCCUGCAGGAGAACCUGGAUGUGGUAGUGUCUUUAGCGGAGAGACAUUAUUAUAACUGUGACUUUAAGAUGUGCUACAAGCUUACUUCUGUAGUAAUGGAGAAAGACCCUUUCCAUGCAAACUGUUUGCCUGUACAUAUAGGGACACUGGUGGAACUGAAUAAAGCGAAUGAGCUUUUCUAUCUGUCUCAUAAACUGGUGGAUUUAUAUCCCAGUAAUCCUGUGUCUUGGUUUGCAGUGGGAUGUUAUUAUCUCAUGGUUGGUCAUAAAAAUGAACAUGCCAGAAGAUACCUCAGAAAGUGGGGAUCGGGGCCAACAUCCCAUAUUGGAGCUCUGCUUCCAGUCCUGGCUGCUCCGCUUCUGAUCCGGCUCCCUGGAAGCAAAGCUACAACGCUUGAGAAGACGUACGGGCCUGCGUGGAUUGCCUAUGGACAUUCAUUUGCUGUUGAGAGUGAACAUGACCAGGCGAUGGCUGCCUACUUCACAGCAGCACAGCUCAUGAAAGGGUGUCAUUUGCCAAUGCUGUAUAUUGGACUAGAAUAUGGUUUGACAAAUAACUCAAAACUGGCUGAAAGGUUCUUUGGCCAAGCUCUGAGCAUCGCACCAGAAGACCCCUUUGUUAUGCACGAGGUUGGAGUGGUUGCGUUUCAGAAUGGAGAAUGGAAAACAGCAGAAAAAUGGUUUCUUGAUGCUUUGGAAAAAAUUAAAGCAAUUGGGAAUGAGGUGACUGUUGACAAAUGGGAACCUUUGUUGAACAACUUGGGACAUGUCUGCAGAAAACUUAAGAAGUACGCAGAGGCUCUGGAUUACCACCGGCAAGCCUUGGUGCUGAUUCCUCAGAAUGCGUCCACCUAUUCUGCCAUUGGAUACAUCCACAGUUUGAUGGGCAACUUUGAAAAUGCUGUGGACUAUUUCCACACUGCCCUCGGUCUUAGGCGAGAUGACACAUUUUCUGUUACAAUGCUUGGUCAUUGCAUUGAGAUGUACAUUGGUGACUCCGAAGCUUAUAUCGGAGCAGACAUUAAAGACAAAUUAAAAUGUUAUGACUUUGAUGUGCAUACAAUGAAGACACUAAAAAACAUUAUUUCACCUCCGUGGGAUUUCAGGGAAUUUGAAGUAGAAAAACAGACUGCAGAAGACACGGGGCUUGCACCACUGGACACCUCCAGGAAGACUCCAGAUUCCAGACCUUCCUUGGAAACCUUUGAAAUUGAGAUGAAUGAGAGUGACAUGAUGUUAGAAACAUCCAUGUCAGACCACAGCGCAUGACUCCAGCAGUGGUCCUGGACCCGUUGUCCUAGUGUGUAGGGACAGAGACCCGCCCAGGAGACUUGGAGAGCACGCCUUUGCAACAGAUGUUUUCUGAUUCUCUGAACCUACAAAAUAGUUAUACGUAGUGGAAUAAAGAAGGUAAACCAUCUGUUAUGUCUUUUUCUUUUUCAAUAAACUUUUGUACUGAUUUUAGAUUUAUAGACAAGUUGUAAAGAUAGUACAAGGAACUUGUGUGUGUCUCCCCUCAGUCUCUACGUUAUUAUCACCUUAGAUUGCGACAUGUUUUUGCAUCAAAAUAAACUUAUCUUUUAAUUCUGUUUUCCACAA